AGGGAAUCUCGCUCUAUAUGAAGGGAAGCUAACCCUAGCUGAGCUGAGCUGACACUGUAGGAGAGCAAAGAAACCCCAAACUAGUGUAGCUUUUAGUGCGCUCGCACAGAACCAUGGAUCGGUUCAGAUGAAUGAAUAGGUAAACUGACAGAUCAACAGACUUCUGGACUCACGUGCAGGCUCUGGACAGUAUAUCGUCACAGCCACCAGGUUUCUAUUCUCCAUCUAACGACCUCUGAUUGUAAUUUUGGGAAGUACGCUUUCAGGAUGCUUUCUCUGGUUAGUUUGAGAAGGACUGUUUCUACCCUGUUCGUUCUCCUCUCCAGUGCUGCUGUCAUGGUGGAGAGUGACUGUCCUGCCCAGUGCUCUUGUGGCCCAUCACCCCCAUUGUGCCCAGUGGGCGUUAGCUGGGUGACAGACGCCUGUGGCUGCUGUAAGGUGUGUGCCAGGCAGUUCAACCAGGACUGCAGCCCCAGCCAGCCCUGUGACCACAUCAAGGGCCUGCACUGCCACCUGGGGGCUGGGGGAAACCCAGAGAGAGGCCUGUGCCGAGCGGAGGCCAAAGGCCAGUCCUGCGAGUUCAGUGGGCGUGUCUACCAGCAUGGAGAGGACUUCCAGCCCAGCUGCCAGCACCAGUGCAGCUGCAUGGAUGGGGUGGUGGGCUGCAUGCCACUCUGCCCCCACCAGGUGUCCCUGCCCGACUGGCGCUGCUCCCAGCCAAGGCUGGCACGGCCCUUGGGCCGCUGCUGUGCGGAGUGGGUCUGUGACGACAACAACCACAUCAGUGAGGACCCAGAGGAACCUUCACAGGUAGCCCUGCCCAACCCACAACCCCUCCCAAACCACAUCAACAACCAGCUCCAGGAACAGCCACGCUAUCAGGCCAGCACUGGAGUCACCUUUAGAGAGGUGGUGCCCCUCCCCAGGUCCCAGGUGUUGCUAAGCGCCAGAUGCUUCCCACAGACCACUGAUUGGACGGAAUGUUCCACUACCUGUGGGAUGGGCAUCUCCAGUCGGGUGACCAAUAACAACGCUGACUGCCAGCUUGUCAGAGAGACACGACUGUGUCAAGUCCGCCAAUGUGACCUGCGACUUACCCCAGCAAUCAAGAGGGGAAAGAAGUGCCAGCGUUCAGUGCGCCCUCAGGAGCCAAUCAGCAUCAACUUUGCUGGCUGCUACACAGCACGGCACUAUCGACCUCGCAGCUGCGGCUCCUGUGUGGACAGACGAUGCUGCACCCCUUCACUGACCCGCACCGUCCGCCUGCGCUUCCACUGUCCCGACGGAGAGGGCUUCACACGCAACGUCAUGUGGAUCCAGCGCUGCAGCUGCAAGAAGAGCUGUCACAUUCACGGCUCCCCCUCAAGGCCCUCUGUCAGCCUACACAAUGACAUCCACACCUUCAGGCACUGAGUCAGGAUUAGGAGGAUGCCCAACCCCAGCCUCGACACACUGGAUAGGGCUAGGGCAUGCUAGUCUCUCCCCAUCUUCCAUACGCCCUCUGCCCACGGAUAACCCUGCCUUUCAUCCCCUUCCUGGACAUCAGUGUGGCUGGCAGCCUCUCCCCGCCUGCACCAGUACAAGACUAUGGGAGUGAGAGCUAGGUGGCCGCUCCCCACAUCCAGGCAGAACUAUUGCUUGCACUUUAAGCUUCCUGACACAUUGCCCCCAGUUAUCCAACAUGAGAGAUGGGUAGCUAUUUGGUGCAACUCUGUGGCUAGGUCCAGUUCCCCUUCCCUGCUGAUGACCCAGCCACUGAACUGUUCCGGUGGAGGAAGGGACAGCACUGAGCACAACAGACUAUAGAUGUCCUGAUGUCACUUUCUUGAUGUCAUGUUGGACUUAUGGGUGAAAUAUGUAAAUGAAUCCUCUGCUUUUCACCCUUUUAUUAUUCAUUAUUUUGUAUUUGUUAACAUUGUCAAGUCCCUCCUAUAUAGCCACAGUGGGGGGAAAAAAGAAAGGAACGUGUAUGCAUGUAUAUGAGGGACAUAUUACUUUUUGUCAUAAUGUGUAAAUUAGUGAGGCCAGUGAAUGUGUCAGGAUGUGAUGAGCGAUGACCAUGGGCAAUCCCAUACAUUAAUGUAUGAUGAAGUGUUUUGUCUGAUACAUUGAUGGUCGAAUGAGGACAGGACGUCACCAAUGAUUGUACCUGUAUGUUGCAUGUUUGUGUGUGUGUGUGAGAGAGAAUGAAAGGGUGAGAAAACAGAGUGUUUACAUAUGUGUGUUUGUCAUAUUACAGAGUAUAGUGUACAGACUUCACUCUUUGUUGAGUGGCAAUUUAUACAGAUCACCUCAUUUUCCGGGGUGUGUUUUUAUUGCCUCAUAGUAUGGAGACUUUCUUAUACUGGAGGGAAGAUUUUACUAUAUGUAUUUAAGAUUUAUAUAUUGUUUGAAUUCUAAUCAAUAAUUCUCUGAUACAUCAAAUAAAACCUUAAACACGU